GUAUUGCAUUGAAAACUCUGUUGUUUGUUGUCAUCACAAGAAUUAAGAUUAUUCUUAGCAUAACUUUUUGAGCGCUUAUUCAUCACUCAAUGUUAUAUAUAAGGGUGUCAAAGACAUUGACAGAGUUGGGAGUCGACUCCGAUGUUCGCUUCUAUUCGGGUACUCAUCACAUGCCAGCCCUAUGUCUGUGUGCACAGAGAGGACACUUGGAUCUGGUGAAACUGUUGCUCAAGUAUGGCUGCAGUACCAAUCAAGUGGACACUAAUGGACGAUCAGCUCUUCAUUUUGCUUGUAAUCAUUUGUUUGUGGAAAUCGUAAAACUUUUGAUAGCAAACAGAGCCACACUUAAUAUGGCAUCAAAUUAUGGUCACAUUCCUCUUCAUUUAGCUGCACAACAGCCAUCACUUGAAUUGGUUCGUUUGUUAGUUGAAUCGGGAAGUGAUUUGGAGAAAAAAGAUUUAGAUGGAAGAACUCCUUUAGUUUUAGCCAUUCUUAACAAUCAGUUUGAAAUCGUCGAGUUUUUGGUACUUCAGGGAUCAGAUGUUAAUACAGUAGACAAUUGUGGAAACACACCACUACUUCAUGCCAUUAAUAGUGGGCUCAGUAUUAAUCCAGAAAUUGUUAAAAUACUUCUUCAGGCCGGAGCUAAUCCAAACAUCUCUAAUAACUAUGGACUAAAUCCUUUGAUAACAACGAUUAGAAGAAGUAGUGAUCACACUCUUGAUGGUCAGGACACAGUUCGCCAUCUAAUUGAUCACAAUUGUGAUCUAAAUAUUUAUGAAUACGAUUCAGCCAUUUGUGGAGAAAGUGCUCUUCACUUAGCCAUAUCUCGAAAUCAGGACCGUAUCACUGAAAUGUUGAUCCGAGCGGGUGCUGAUGUCAAUGUCCCCAAUCAAAUGGGAUUAACUCCUAUUUCUCGAUUAGUAAAGGAAGGAAAGAUAGAUCUGAUAAAACUUAUGAUCGCCAGCGGCGCCGACACUAAUCUUAAUAGAAAUUUGUCAUUAAAUGAAGCAGUUCUUCGCAAUCAUUUAAUAAACAAUGACAAUGAAGUCAAUAAAUUAAUUGUCGAUCAAAGCCAUUGUUUUCUUAGACUAAAACACUUGUGUAGAGUUAGAUUGAGGUCUUGGCUCGAGAGGAGAGCUGAUUAUGUCAUCAAACAAACACCUAUUCCUUCAACAAUACGUCGCUAUCUUCUACUCAACGAUUUAUAA